UGAUUCUAUUUAGUAGCCGAAAAGAAAGAGUUAAGAACUGAACGGCCCCUUUUUUAAUUUUAAAUUUCUUGAGCUGUUUCUUCUGCUCAUUUGCUUUAUUCCCUAAUUUCGAUAAGAUUUUCUGGUUCACUUUUUAACUUGAAAUACACGUUAUUAUAGAGACCUAUAUUUUCGCGGCCUUGAAAAAGCUGUGAUUGUUAGCCUCAGCCCACCUAUAUAAACCAUCUAUCAUCUUCUUCAUUUUUCAGUGAAGUUCAAGAUUUUUGUAUCAGAUAUAAAAAUGGAGGCCGGUGGUGUAGUGGUGUUGGUGAGAGAAUUUGAUGCUCAAAAAGACAGUAUAGCAGUGGAAGAAGUGGAGAGAAAGUGUGAGGUUGGUCCCAGUGGAAAACUCUCGCUCUUCACUGAUCUUAUGGGUGAUCCCAUUUGCAGGGUCCGCCAUUCCCCUGCUUAUCUCAUGCUGGUGGCGGAGAUGGUGGUGAGCCACGGCGGAUCAGAGGUGGAGGAAAAGAGAGAAAUUGUUGGGAUGAUAAGGGGCUGCAUCAAAACCGUUACGUGUGGAAAGAAACUCUCGAGAAAUAGCAAAAGCUCCCCCACUAAACCUCCUCAAACUCUCCCUGUCUACACCAAAGUUGCCUAUAUUUUAGGCCUUCGUGUUUCUCCUUCCCAUCGAAGAAUGGGAAUUGGAUUGAAACUGGUGAAAAGAAUGGAGGAAUGGUUUGGAGAAAAUGGAGCUGAAUAUUCGUAUAUAGCCACGGAAAAUGAUAAUGAAGCAUCUGUUAAGCUUUUCACACAAAAAUGUGGCUAUUCAAAAUUCCGUACGCCGUCGAUCUUAGUCCAGCCGGUGUUCGCCCACCGGGUUAGGCUCGACCACGGAAUAACCAUCAUCAAACUCAGCCCCCCUGACGCGGAGGCGCUAUACCGGUGCCGUUUCUCCACGACGGAAUUCUUCCCCCGUGACAUUGACUGUGUUUUGAACAAUAAGCUCAAUUUGGGUACUUAUCUUGCGGUGCCGAAAGGGACGUACGACGCCGAGUUAUGGCGGGGUUUGGACGAGUUUCUGGCGAGUCCGACGGAAUCGUGGGCUGUGCUGAGUGUGUGGAAUUGCAAGGACGUGUUCAAACUCGAGGUAAGAGGUGCGUCGCGUGUGAGGAAAGUGUUUUGUAAAACAACUCGGGUUGUGGAUCGGGCCUUACCCUGGCUUCAACUCCCCUCGGUGCCGGAAGUUUUCAGGCCUUUUGGGCUUCAUUUCUUGUACGGGCUUGGUGGGGACGGCCCAAAUGCAGUGAAGUUCAUUAAAGCCCUAUGUGGAUUCGCCCAUAACCUUGCUAAAGAGCGUGGCUGCGGAGUUGUGGCAACAGAGGUUGCAAGUCACGAACCGCUCAGGCUAGGUGUACCCUACUGGAAGAUGCUAUCCUGCACUGAGGACCUAUGGUGCAUUAAACGGUUGGGGGAAGACUAUAGUGACGGAUCCGUCGGUGAUUGGACCAAGUCACCACCUGGACUGUCCGUUUUUGUUGAUCCGAGGGAAUUCUAACCAAGAAUCUAAUUUAAAAGUAGUUAGACAAAGCAUCUUUUUUUUUUUUUUUGCCUUAAAAACUUAUGUCAGAUUUAGCUUUCUCUUGAAGGGGGCUUAGUAGUGAGGCAAAAACUACAAGGAAAUGAGAAGAUAUGUUGGUGUUUAGUAGUUGUUGUAUAGGGAAUAUCUCCUUUGCUUUUUGUAAAUGGAUUUGGCUUUUUAGAUCC